AUAUUGCGCAUUUGAGUGUUCGUGUGUUUUCUUCACCUUGUCUUUUUCACUGCUACGAGUAUUUUAGGGCGGAACACGAAUUCAGCCGCCAAUAUGAAGUGGUUGGCUGCAAGUGCUUCGCAGACAGUAGCAGCGCAGCAGCGUUUUUGCGCUCUUCUUAUUAUAAGUUAAAUAUGCAAUUUGAAGAAUUUCGUUGGAAAUAUUAUAAUUUCUACAAUAUUAUUUUGGCUUGUCUUAAACCAUUUUGAAUAUAUAAUUUGGCAAAUUAUUUGGUUAUAGAUUGGUGGUAUCGCUAAACCGCUAACGCUAACCGAAAUGUUUACUGCGUGAGCACAGUGUGUUGAAGUGCCAAGCGUGCGUCAACUAGAUUGACAACUUAAACCGCUUUAAUUGAAGAGAUUUUAUAACAAAUACUCGCGUAUAAAAUUAAUAUUUAUAAUUUCAUGCAUCAAUAAUUUCCGCAGUUUAAGUGAAAUCCAUUAUUUCGUGCACUUAUGGUAUCACUGUGCAGCGAGCGAACUAGUGAGUACUUACUAGUGACUUAAAUAUUGGCGGUUUUCGCCGCCACCUUAUGACGUGCACCAGCUGUUUACGAAGCCAGCCGAGAGCGGCGCAAAUCAAGAGAAUAUGUACGUAAUGCUUAGCAAACGCAUAGUCUCUGCAUACAACAAACAAAUAACAUGAACAGACGCAUGUUCAUAUGUGCAAAUGUAUGUGCUAAACACGAGGGAGCCAUCCAGCUGGAGUCCGUAUGCCAAGCGUAGCACCAUUGCUGCUGCUGUAUAAAGAGCACUCAUUCAUUAAUGCAUUUAUGAGCGCACGUCAGAGAGUCGCCGGUACAUGCGGCCGUCCAUUUCCGCGAGGAAUCUCCGCUGAGCGUAUAGUACUCUGUUACUCAGGCGCGUAACUAGACUAUUUCAGUGCUUCGCAUGUCGCUUUGAUUGUUGGUCGUGUUGUCUGGUGUCGGUGUCGUUCUCGUCGUCCCGUGCCGUAGUAGACAUCCGUCGUCAUUGCUCUUUUACUUAUUUCGAGACGCGCUGUUGGUUGUUCGGCUUUUAUGUAUUUGAACAUAUGUACAUAUACUGUUUUUGUUAUCUGGUCAGGCGGUUUUGUAUGAAUAGUACUUCAAAGAAUAAACGAAGCCCCAAACAUCGCUACACACUACUUGAAAUAUUCGGGAAAUGUCUCACUGAAUAUUAAAUUUGUACAAAAUGAAAUUAAACGACAAAGCAAACGAAAUGUAUAAAUAAAUACCAAGAAAGUAUCAAAUAAAAAGCGUCUAAAAGGGAAUCUCUCAACUGGUAUAUACAAGUAUGUAUGUAAAUACUUGGAAAACGACAACGUUUAAUACUAUUUCGAAAACUAAAUUCGCAACUGGGUAGUUAUAUAGUAAGAAAUAGUGGACCAAUAACCAGAUACUGUGGUCACCCACGCCUUACCCUAACAAAGAAUGCAGCUCGUUUGUUACUGGAGGUCGCCGCGGUCGGCUGCUGUCUUCUUCUAUUAGUCGUCUACCAACGUUUUGUUGAUUUGAAAUCGCCGGAACUCUGAAGCGAAGUCACUCGUUCGCCACAGCUCAGCCGCACUGUUGAAUACAGUAUUCAAUUGUCAGCCAACAGCAAUUCAUAGUAGCAAAUCCACACACGGGGUACCUGUCUGUCUACAUUCAUACAUACUCAACAUACACAAAUGCGCACACAUACAGGCACGCAUACAGUGUACAAAAUAUGAGAAUCAAAGCGCAAAUGGGAAAUUCAUAAAAAUAAAAUAAUUAUUCAGCAGCACAUACAUACAUAUCUUUAGCGGCCUUGUCAUCGGGGAACAAAUCGAAUUCCGUGUUGCUGUUUUUGCAUUUUGUGAAUUUGUGUAUAGAGUUAGUAGCAAUCCAACAAAGCGCACCAAAUUUAGCAAACGCGACGUGAAAUUCGCAAUAUUGGCCAAUUGUGUACUUUGAAGCCGCCAUUAUCGCUUGAAUUGUGCAGGGUGGCAGCAGCAGCAGCAACAACAACAAAAAAUAAGAAAACGCAAGGCGCCAAUCGGUUUUUCGACGCUAAUCGGUUAAAGCAGCCGACUGGCUUACUGGCUGAGUGGCGCUCAUCACACUGUCAGCCAUACCAAAUCACGCGUACCACCCCGCACUAAUGUGGCCGUUGUCCCCUUAGUCAACCAUCAUCUACUGCCUGUCGCGCUUAGAACUUGAAAGCGUUCGGCAUUAAACUGUGAUAUACUCUAAUACUUUGUUAUCGUCGUUACACCGUAUAUUAAUUACGUUCAUUUUGUUUUUUACAUUACAUUAUUACAUAUUUGUGCGCGUGAAUAUGUGGGCUUGGUUUUCAUCCGUUUCGUCGGCGGCGCCGUUGCUGUAACUCGUUGCCUUCUCACAUUGUUGAGGGCGGAAAUAGCCGCCACGCCGCAAACGUUGUCGUGUGUAUACGUAAAAUAAAUUGCAAAUAUUUUACAUUGUUUUUAAGAAAAUGCGCCAACAAAUUGUCGAUGUGGCAACGCUCGUCGCGCUUUUGAACAUCUUCAGCUACGCGAAAGUAAAAUAAAGUGACUCAAUAUUUUUGGUGGCCGGGAAACGCGCAGUAGAAUUGCAAAAUUAGUGUACAAAAUCUUUAUAUUCUAUCUACUGCCAUUCUACUUUCUACAUACAUAUACAUAUGUAUGUAUAUUUCUACCACGCGGGCAAAAAGUGAAAAAUGGGGGCCACCUUCCACUACUAAUGAAGAACAACAGCAGCAGACGAGCAAGAAUACUGUUAACUAUCUUACAACUCAGCAGUCUUAUGCGGAUAUUGCACACAAACACACACGCAUAAAUACACACUCAUACACGCACAUAGUGUUGGAAACGUCAAAAACGCCAUCGAAGCAAAUAGUCAAGUGCUACAAGCGGCAACAGCAGCAGCGAAAAAUGCACAUAGUGCCGUAGAACGUAAAAAGAUGAAAAUAAUCCUUAGGUGCUAAUUUAGUGAAUAAGAAAAUUUUAAGUACAAUAAAAAAGUUAUCAACCGCAACAACAACAACCACAAACCAACUAGUAUAACUCAAAGGAAUAGCAAGAAACCACGGAACCAGAAAGUACUAAAUCAAAAAUAUAAAUAAAAAAAAAACAAGAAAAAAGUUUUUAAUUAGAAAUCAAAUAAAUUCAAAGCUCUCUUCUUCGUAACGAGAAUCGGCGUAGCGAGAAAAGGUGAUUAAAGCAAGCGGAAAUAGUAAGACUAAGCAAAUAAACUGCCAGAGAAAUGCGCAUUGAACAGCAACACAACUACAAAAACAAAAACAAAAAGAAUUGAGCACUAAACGAAAAAAGUAGAAAGCUAAACGUCGAUGAAUACGUACAAUACGCCAACAAAGCCAAAAUUAGUGAAGAAGAAAAGAAACGAAAGCAAAACGCAGAGCACAUAACUUGGGAAAAGUGAAUAUCACGUUUAAAAACCUAAAUAGUCUUACAGAUAUACUAUAUUUUUAUAAGUAAAGAGUUUCUAAAACUAAGCAGUAUAAAAAGCAACAAUUUUACAAGAAAAGAGCGAAGUAAAAUUUUAGUUUAAAGUUAAUGCACAGUUGCAGCCGUAAGUCCACAGCAGCAGCGCUGAGAAUCCGCAAGCAAGUUCAACAAUCAACACGUAAUCCAGUAAACGCGGUUUCGCGAGAGCCAGAAACAACGCAAACGGUUUCCACGCAACAACACAUACACACAUACCGGCGUUUCAGCUUAUUUAUUAGUCGCUGACAGACACAGAAGGGCCGGCACCUAGGACAGACAGACGCUCACACGCGAACCGCGCAAAGAUGCCCAAAUAUUUCAUAGCUACGGCGGCAACAACAGCGGCAGCAACAUCAGCAGCAAAUACGGCCUACAACAAUAAUAACGGCGGCAGUAGCAACAAUAACAAUAAUGGUACAUCGCAAAUGGUUAUUAAAUCAGCGGUGCGGCAACUGUCCUACGACCUGGUCAGCACCAGUGGCAAGAACACAACGAAACGGAAUUCCAAUACGGCAUUUGUGACAACGUCAUCCUCCGGCUCGUCAUCGCCCGUAUCGAUUAUGAUGCAAGGCGGUGAGCACCAUCAGCGACAACUAAAGACACAAGUGAUUAGCAGUGCAGCGUCGGCGCCGACAGGCACGCAUCUGCUGGAUCACGGCUAUGGUGUGACGAUGAAGCUACAACCAUCGACAUCGGCGUCGACAUCAACAUCAACGGCAGCGGGCACGACGGCGGCGGCGGCGACGACGACGACGACAACGGCGUCAACUCAUUUCACCGGAAAGUACACGUCGACGGUGGCGACCAGAAAUCCCUCUGAUUCCACACCACACAUAACGGAGUACUAUAAACAAGUGAAACGACGCAAUCCCACACCUGUGUCCGAACAAAGCAGCCACCCCAAGAAACAAGCCAAACAUCAAUAUGCGUCCGAUGAUUUUUCCAGCAAUGUGGUGGUGGUACAACAACAACCACCACGCUCACAACAAUACCAGCAUAAAUCCAGCAAACAACAAGUGUUGGUUCGCACCAACACACAAACGCAGCGCGUUGCAUUGUCAGCGCCUGGUUCAACGUUACAGUUCGCUGCGCCCUCACCGCAACCACAACGCCCGCCAUCGUCUGCCUCAUCGACAUCAUCGUCAAUUGCAUAUAAAUCGGGCACACCCUCAUCCGCCUCUUCAUUACCCGCCUCGAAGCGUACACCUGAAGGCAAUCGUGCCGACACCUCACUUGGUAUAUUAACGAAAAAAUUCGUCGAUUUACUGCAAGGCUCACCGGAUGGCGUUGUUGACCUCAAUGAUGCGUCAACCAAAUUGCUGGUACAAAAGCGACGCAUUUACGACAUAACGAACGUGCUAGAGGGUAUUGGCAUACUGGAAAAGAAAUCGAAAAACAACAUACAAUGGAAGUGUGGCAACUCACUGGUGAGUUCGGAUCGUACGCGCGAAAUGCAACUGGAGAAUGAAAGACUCGAACAAAAAGAGAAUCAGUUGAAUAUGCUGAUCGAUCAGAUACGUGAGGAAUUGAGUAGUGAGAUUUCGAAUAACAAUCAAUUGGCCUAUGUGACGCAUACCGAUUUGAAAAGUGUCGAUCUGUUUAAAGAUCAGAUAAUAAUUGUUAUUAAAGCGCCACCAGAAGCCAAACUUGUGUUACCUGACACACUUUGUCCACGUGAAAUCUACGUUAAGGCCGAAAAUAAUGGCGAGAUUAACGUAUUCCUGUGUCACGACAAUUCACCCGAAAAUUCGCCAACAUUCUCCUCGCCCGCCGCCCCGCCAUACCGCCAGCAACCGCAUCAAUUCAACGAUCCGCUUUUCAAUAAUAUCAGCCGAUUGACACCAAGUCUUGAUGACGACAAGCGCAUGCGACUAGGUCUACCCCCACUCUCAGCGUCAAACGCUACAACUACCACGUCCACGGGCAAUACAUAUCCCGACAGUGCCGCACCCAUCGUACGCUCAGCACAACGAAAUCUCAAUAAAUCGAUUGAGGAUGCCGCACGUCAAAUCGCUGCUGGUCCGGCCAAUGGUGCUGGUGUCGAUGGUGCAACCGAUUAUAAUUGUGAUAUCGUUGGCAAUUACCAUACACAGCAACAGUCCAGCAGCAGCAGCCAUUCUGUUGCGCAUGAUGGCAACGACUACACUAUACAACCGACUCUGACGCGGCCGGUGUUGACGCAAGCCGAAGCUGAACGCAUUUACGAGCAAGAUUUCGAUUGUGAAAUGUUUGGCAAACGUAAAAUGAAUGCUGCGUACGGCGUUGCCGGUAGUCAAAGACAACAACAGCAGCAACAGCAACAGAAUAGUGAUUCAUCAAACCACAAUACGCUUAAUAGUUGUAGUAACAAUAGGAAGGCAGGUCUUAAAAACGAUGUAUCCAUGGUGAAUAGUGCAAUUGAGGAGCAUAAAGCAGCAGUGGCUGCAGCAGCGACGUCAGUUACAGCCGUAUCGGCGGCAAAGACGACGGUUAUGGGCACUGCAGAAACGGUGCCACCGUCGGCAGUAAAUAAUAGUCGGGAAGCUGCCGACGACGAAACUGCCGCAGUUACAACGUCGGUGGUGUCGUCAUCAUCAAUGGCUAUUACGCAUAAUACAAAAACCUCAAUGUUUGGUGGUGCCGGUGGCGCAGUGAACGCCAGCCGGCAUUCCUCCAGCGAUAGCGGCGAUAUCAGCCGCUUGGACUCACAUUUGGCGCACAUGGUCGAUUCAAAUGGCGGUACAGGCGUCCGGAACGCACUCAUUUCGAAUUCAUUGAACCUGCUGAGUCCACCGCCAUUGUCAGGCGUGCAGAACUACUUUGAUGAUCUGCCACCGUUCCUACCCAUCGAACCACCGCUAGAUGUUGACUACAACUUCUCACUGGAUCAAACGGAGGGUCUUAUCGAGUUAUUUAAUGACUUUGCCUAAACUUUUAAAAUAUAUUAAUUGAAGAAAUUUAAUAUAUAUAUAUAUAUAUGUAUAUAGUAUAUAUAUAAAUAUAUAUACAUAUAUAUAUAUUAAUACACAAAUAGUUAUGUAAGCAAGUAAAAAUUAAAUCAAUGUAUGUAUAUGUGUAGUAAUAAUCACAACCACCAAUAAAAACUGCAAAAAAAAAUUUAAAAAAUAUAUUAACAACUUCUGUAUGCUAUUGAAUGGAAAUUGAAGUAAUAUUAACAUAUUAUUACUAUUAUUAUUAUUAAUUUAAUUUUAUAAAUAUAUUCUUUAUAUAAAUACAUAUAUACUUUAUAUAUACAUAUAUAGUUAAUAAGAAUUGUUAAUACAUACAUACAGAAAAUGCAGUAAAAAACAAGAAACAAAAACAAAACCGAAUGCUCUCACACCUCAGAAUUUAAUAUGUGUAAAAAUAAAAUAAAAUUAGCAUUUGAAAUCAAAUAAAACAAAACGGGGUUUAGGGUUGCGUGAAAAUGCGGCGCUCAUUCAUACACUUGUAUACAGUUCAUUGUUUGUUUUAAAUUAAUAAUUUUUAUAUGCGAGUACAUACAUAUUUUCCAUAUAUAUUGCAUAAAUAUAUUACAUACAAAUUGAAAAAGAUGUUAAUAUGUACGAUUAUUAAUGCAUAAUUAAUAAUGUAUGCAAUCAAAUACAGAAUUUGCGCACACACACACACAACAACAGCACAUAAAACUAGCAAACUACUUUUAUAGCCCUGAAAACCAAAAACAAAAUAAAAUAAAUGAAAGCAAAAGCAAAAGUAGUGUGCAGAGCAGUUUAUUAUAAGAACCUAAUAAAGAAACACAAAUAAAUUAAUAAAUACAAAUAAUGAAGCAAAAAAAGCCAGCGUGUAGCGUUAAAUUAAUAGCAUUGCUAUAUUAUACAAAAGCCUAAAAAAUUAUAAAACCAUAGCAUGGCAAGUGCAAGCCUAAAUGAAAGCAGGCAGGGCUAAACAAUAUUGUAACUGAUUUUUUUUUUUGCAAAAAUUAUAGUUUGUCUCUAAUUUCAACAAAUUAAUUUCAAUGUGAAGAAAUGAAUGCAAAUUUAAAAAACAAUUUAUUCGACUUUCCUUAAGUCAAAAGUAGAUGAAUUCUGAAAAUAAAUACCGUUAAAAAAACAUUUCCACAAAUAAGCUUUUAAGAGCAUGCUUCAGUUGCAUAAAUUCUGUCAAUGACUCCAAUUAACUCAUGCAAGCUGAAAACCACGUUACUACUUAAUAACAUUGUUAAGCAAAUGUUUAACUAUGCUUGUCAUCUGCAGGUCACUACAAUUUACGCUACAGUUAAAACGUGUGUCGAACUGAUUUAAAGACAAUUACAUUUACAUAUUUUACUCAUUAUUAGUUUUCUGUUGAGUGUGUUUUAACCAAAAAAAAUUGUUUAAAAAAAUAAAAUAUUUCACAAAGAAAUAAUGUGAAAAUACCAAGAAUGUUACAUAUA